AUGUUGUUUCAAGCGAUUAGUCAAAAAAUAUACUCUCAGUCUAUACGCUGUAGUCUUUUGACUCAAGUUCGUUGUAGUUCUACCCUUAAUAUCGACAUACAGAAAAGCAACGCUUACUUUGCUCUCAGCAGAGCCGAUAGAGCAUCAUACGUCCCAAAACCUUCAGCUACGAUAAAUAGCCCAGAAGCGUUUCUCAAGGCAAUCGGUCGAAGCUGCGAAACUGUUGCCCCAAAAUUUACUAGCUGGGAUUCAUUAUUUACUGCCACUUCAAGUGACUUGAAAACUCUGGGUAUCAAGUCUCAAAUGCGAAAAUAUAUUCUGGGUUGGAGAGAGUGGUACUGCAGAGGUGUUACUCCUCGUGCACUUGAAUUGCCUAAGCGUCAAAAAAAAUAUCUCAAGAUAAAGGAAAAGGUCAAACAGGCACGUUUGGAAAAACUUGGUAUGAGCUGA